AAUUGUAACAAGUUGUUGUCAUUGGAUGUCUUCAAGUCGUGCUUCGACGUGGAACAAGUUGGGAGAUGCCGCAUAUGCCAAGUCUGAAAAAGUGAGUGCUGACUUGGUGGCUCUAACUUAUGGAAGUUUUGUGCGGGAAAUCAUAAAGGAUUUCGAAGAACCGGAUCAAGUCAACAAAGAACUGGAAAAGCUUGGCUAUAAUAUUGGCAUCCGUUUGAUUGAGGACUUCCUCGCAAAGUCUGGAAUAAGUAAUUGUUCCUCGUUUGAAGAGUCUGCAGAAAUAAUAAGCAGAGUGGCUUUCAAAAUGUUCCUUGGAAUCCGUGCCACCGUAAGCAACUGGAACAGCGAGCAUAACAGCUGCAGCAUUAUUUUUGAUGAAAAUCCGCUAGCUGAAUAUGUUGAACUCCCUCCAGAAUAUACUCAUUCAUUAUUCUAUUCCAAUCUACUAUGUGGAGUUAUUCGUGGCGCAUUGGAAAUGGUUCAGAUUAUCGUAGAAUGCGAAUUUGUAAAGGACCAGUUGAGAGGCGAUGAUACCAACGAAAUUAACAUAAGAUUCAAGGAAAUGCUACAAGAACAAGUGCCUUGGAAUGAUGAAGAGUAGUUUGAAAUAUGAAAUGAUAUAAAAAUGAUUAUAUAAAGCAUAUUUGUUGCUUCGGUUUCAAUGCUGUUUUAUACUAUUUGUUGUUUUAGUUCGAACCUUUCAAGUUUAAAUGUACGGUGAUACGGUCUCUUUUAAAAGGAAAAUCAUGCUAUCAACAUUUUGCAUCUUUGAUAUUCAUACACCGUUUCCUUAUCAAUCAAUUUCAAAUGUUUUCAAAUGGGGGGGGGGGGCCGAUCUUGGACGAAGAAAAAUGACAAAAUUAAG